CCAACGGUCGCGGGAAAGCCGCGGAGUCCGAACAGCGCGCGGCGGAGCCGUUCGUGGGCAGCGCGAGCCGAACCGGCACCGCACGCGGGCGGAGCGCGGGCAGCGCAGCGGGAGCGGCACGGGCGGAGCGGCCGCCAUGAGCUUCCUCAGCCUGCAGCGGGCGGCGCCGCCGCGGCGCGUCUCGGCCCGGCGGGCGGCGGCCCCGAUCCGGCAGAAGUUGCUGUUUCUGAGCGGCCACAGCGACUGCGAGGAGGAGGAGGAAGAGGAGGAGGAGGAAGGCUGCGGCAGUAGCAGCGCCAACAGCACCGGUGAGGACUCGGCGUUCCAGGAGGCGGACUCGCCGCUCUCGGCCGCGCGCACCCCGGCGCGGAGCGACCCGCCCCUGCUGGAGGAGGAGGAGGAGAUGGAGCCGGCGGCGGCGCCGCUGCCGGACGAGGGGGACUCGUGGGAGGAGGAAGGCUUCGGCUCCUCGCCGGUCAAGUCGCCCGGAGCCUAUUUCCUGCUCGACUCGCCCUCGCCGCUGGCCCCGCACAAGGGCCGGCGCUGCUGCGAGCGCUCCCCGCCGCACCCGGCGGCCGGCGGGUACCGGGGGGCGCGGGGCGAGGAGCCCGGCUCGCCGCUGCCCGACUACCCGGGCACGCCGCCGCACAAGACCCUGCGCAAGCUGCGCCUGUUCGACACGCCGCACACGCCCAAGAGUUUGCUUUCUAAAGCACAAGGUUUAGGCUCCAGCUCAGUCAAACUUCGAGGGGGCUCGCUGUUUAUGAAUGUUGGGAAAUCAGAGAAGCAAGAAGAAGAUUUUAGACAAACACCUCAUGUGAACAUCAAUCCCUUCACUCCUGACUCCAUGUUCCUUCACAACUCUGAUGGCAAAUGUCGGAGGAGGAAGAGGAUACACUGGAAUGACUCUUGUGGGGAGGACAUGGAACCAAGUGAUGGAGAGCCUGAAGAGGAAACCAUGAGACCUGCUAAGAGGAUAACAAUAACAGAAAGUAACAUGAAGUCGCGGUAUGCAACCGAAUUCCAUGAAUUGGAGAAGAUUGGGUCUGGUGAAUUUGGCUCUGUGUUUAAGUGUGUGAAGAGGCUGGAUGGCUGCAUCUAUGCAAUCAAACGAUCCAAGAAACCCCUGGCUGGCUCAGUGGACGAGCAGAAUGCUUUAAGAGAGGUCUAUGCACAUGCAGUUCUGGGACAGCAUUCCCACGUAGUGAGGUACUACUCUGCAUGGGCAGAAGAUGAUCACAUGCUUAUACAGAAUGAAUAUUGCAAUGGUGGCAGUUUAGCAGAUGCCAUAAGUGAAAAUUACAGGAAUAUGCGUUACUUUACUGAACCAGAACUGAAGGACUUGCUGCUUCAAGUGGCUCGAGGUUUAAAGUACAUUCAUUCAAUGUCCCUGGUACACAUGGAUAUCAAACCUAGUAACAUUUUCAUAUCUAGAACAUCAGUCCCGAGUAUAACUCUAGAGGAAGGCGAUGAUGAUGACUGGUCAUCUGACAGAGUAAUUUUUAAAAUAGGUGACCUGGGCCAUGUAACUCGAGUCUCUAGUCCUCAAGUGGAAGAAGGUGACAGCCGUUUCCUUGCAAAUGAAGUCCUACAAGAGAACUACACUCACUUGCCAAAAGCAGAUAUUUUUGCUCUCGCCCUGACUGUUGUCUGUGCUGCUGGUGCUGAACCUCUUCCAACCAAUGGGGACCAGUGGCAUGAAAUCCGGCAAGGAAAGCUGCCCAGACUGCCACAAGUGCUUUCUCAAGAAUUACUAGACUUAUUAAAAGUUAUGAUUAAUCCUGAUCCUGAGAAAAGGCCUUCAGCUGUGGCACUAGUGAAGCAUUCAGUGCUUCUCUCUGCCGCAAAAAAGAGCGCGGAGCAGCUCCGGAUAGAGCUGAACGCUGAAAAAUUCAAGAACUCCCUCUUGCAAAAGGAGCUGAAGAAGGCGCAGCUGGCCAAGGCGGCGGCCGAGGAGCGCGCGCUGUUCACGGACAGGAUGGCCACGCGCUCCACGACGCAGAGCCGCCCGUCGCGCCUCAUCGGCAAGAAGAUGAACCGCUCCCUGAGCCUCACCAUCUACUGA